AUAAACAUUCCUUCUUAUUUUGCAUACAGCAAACCAGCCUUGUUAAAAGGGGUUUAUGCCAUGGGAUUUAAUGCACCCUCGAGAAUUCAAGAAACUGCUUUACCUACUUUACUCGCCGAUCCACCACAAAAUAUGAUCGCGCAAUCUCAGUCUGGUACAGGCAAGACAGCCGCGUUCGUACUCGCUAUGCUGAGUCGGGUGGACCCCACGAAGAAUUAUCCACAGGUACUUUGUUUGUCGCCGACUUACGAACUAGCGAUCCAAACUGGCGAAGUAGCUGCUAAGAUGUCUCGCUUCUGUCCCGAGAUAAAGAUAAAGUACGCUGUGAGGGGAGAAGAAAUAAGCCGUGGAUCGUCGAUUGAAGAACACAUUAUUAUAGGAACUCCCGGUAAAGUGAUGGAUUGGGGACAAAAAUUCAAGUUUUUCGAUCUCAGUAAAAUAUCGGUAUUUGUAUUGGACGAGGCUGACGUUAUGAUCGCCACACAAGGUCAUCAAGAUCAGUGUAUCCGUAUUCACAAAUCACUGCCACGUACGUGUCAAAUGAUGUUCUUCUCAGCGACAUACGAGCCGGAAGUGAUGAACUUUGCGGAAAUUAUAGUCAGUAAUCCGCUAAUAAUACGGCUAUUAAGGGAAGAAGAGAGUUUAGAUAAUAUUAAACAAUAUUACAUUAAGUGCAGGAAUGUAGAUGAAAAAUACACGGCUAUCACUAAUAUCUACGGCGUGAUUACUAUUGGACAGGCGAUUAUUUUCUGUCACACAAAGAGAACAGCUAGUUGGUUGGCAGAGAAAAUGACGAAAGACGGGCAUGCGGUAGCGAUAUUAUCUGGCGACUUGACUGUGGAACAAAGAAUUUCUGUACUGGAUAGAUUUAGAGCAGGACUUGAGAAAGUACUCAUCACUACGAAUGUCUUAGCUAGAGGUAUCGAUGUGGAACAGGUGACGAUAGUGGUGAAUUUCGAUUUGCCGAUGGAUCAGAAGCGACAAGCCGAUUGUGAGACAUACUUGCAUAGAAUUGGCAGAACAGGACGAUUUGGCAAGUCAGGGAUUGCCAUUAAUUUAAUUGACUCGGAGCACGCGAUGCAGUUGUGCAAGGAUAUAGAAAGACAUUUUGGCAAGAAGAUUCAUUAUCUCGACGCGGAAGAUGCGGAUGAAAUCGAAAAAAUCGGAGCUUAAAUAAAAUAAGGCUUUUUAUUAUGGAAAUGAAUGUAUCUUAGGCUUUAAUAUAAUAUUUUUUAAAGCGAACUUCUCUUUGUAUUUUGAAUAUAAAAUGAAAUAUUUCUUUUCCAA